ACACUCCACCGCAUCCCCCCAGAUCCGAACGUUACAAUCCAAAAAGCGCUCAACCCGACGUAGCCGCCACACUGCUCGUGCUCCACACCACUCGCAGCUCACUCGCCAGUCGCUACCCACCAAAGAACCCAGGCAAAAAAGGGCCGCGUCGGCCUCGCACGAGCCCUGCCCGCCCACCCACCACGGCGUCGGCGAUGGCUGCCGGACCCCGGGACGGCCUCGACGAGGAGUCGCUGCAGGAGCUGCGUAGCCGGGCGACGCGGCUGCUGCUCAAGGAGGACUGGGAGGGGUACGCCGCCGUCUGCUCCCGCAUCGUGCACGGCGCCGCCGCGACGGACCGCCGGGUGCUCUGCUCCGCGCUCGCCCACCGCGCCGACGCCCGCGCGCGCCUCGGCGACCGCCCCGGCGCGCUCGCCGACUGCGACGCCGCGCUCGCCGCCGACCCGACCCACCCGGCCGCGCUGCUCGCCAAGGGCGCGCUCCUCCGCGGCCUCGGCCGCUACGCGCACGCCGCCGACUGCUUCCGCGCCGCGCUCCCUGCGGGCGCCUCCGGCGCCGACGAGGUGCGGGAGAUGCUCGAGCAGUGCAGGCGCCUCGAGGCGCAGGCCAGGAGCGGGGCGGUGGACCUGUCGGAGUGGGUCCUCGCGGGGUUCUCCGGGAAGUGCCCGGACCUCGCGGAGUACGUCGGCCCGGUGGAGGUGCGCCGGUCCGCGCACGGCGGCCGAGGGGUCUUUGCGGUGAAGGGCGUUGAGGCGGGGGCAACGCUGAUGAUCUCCAAGGCGGGGGCGACGGGGAGGGGGGUGAUCCCGGAUGCGGCAGACAGCGACGAGAAGAUGGUGGUCUGGAAAGACUUCGUAGACAAGGUGCUCGACGCCGCGGAAAAGUGCCCGAGGACGGCGUCGUUGAUCUAUGCUCUGUCCACCGGCGAGGAGCAGGAAGACGAGCUCGCCGUGCCGGACAUGGCAGUUUUCAAGCCAGAAUCAGAGGAUCUCAGAGACGGCGUACCGGAGGCUGGCAUUGGCACACGAGAGGCUCUCGAUGUGGACAGGGUCAUGAAGGUGCUCGACGUCAAUUGCUUGACGGAAGACGCGCCGUCCGCCAAUCUGCUCGGCAACAGUGGCAUCGUCAACUGCGGCGUGGGGCUGUGGAUCUUGCCGUCGUUCCUAAACCACUCCUGCCACCCCAACGCCCGGCGCACCCACGUCGGGGACCACGCCGUUGUUCACGCCUCGAGGGACAUCAAGGCCGGGGAGGAGGUCACGUUCCCCUACUUCGACGUGCUCACGCCGGUGGGGAAGCGCCGGGAGGCAGCAAGGGCGUGGGGGUUCGAGUGCCGGUGUGACCGGUGCCGGUUCGAAGCCGAGGACGCCGUUCUCAGGCAGGAGCUCGUGAGAUCAGAAAACGAGUUGUUCAAUGGAGGAGCAGACAUGGGAGCACUGGUGGUGCGGCUUGAGGACAAGAUGAGGAAGUCCAUGGUGAAGGAGAGGCGAAAGGCAUUCGUGCGUGCAUCUUUCUGGAGCGCGUAUUCUUCAUUGUUCGACAAUGGCAGGUUGAUGAGGAAAUGGGGGAGGAUGGUUCCCGGAGAGGCCGUCGUCGCAGAGAGCGUCGCCGGCGCAGUCGGCGGGAGUGAGAGUGUGCUGAGGGCAAUGCUGAGGGGCUCCAACGAUGGCAAUGGCUGCGGCAAUCGACUGGAGGUUGAGGACAAGGUGGUGAGGAUUGGGAGGGCUACCUAUGGCAAGGUAGUGAAGAGGCAGGCAAUGAGGGCUCUCUUCAGACUUACACUGGACGGUGACAACAGCAAAAGCCUCUAGGUUUUAUUCUUGCCCUUAUUCUUUAUUCGUUGGUUCAGAUAGGUUUGUUGCAGCAAAUGUUCUUGUUUGCUCAGUGUUUUGUAAUAAGAGGAUGGCUGAGAGUCAAGAUCAUACAUGAGAGCUCUAUUUUUAUGCUCUCUUGGUCUUGGUUUUGGGUAAUUCUUUCAGUGUUGAACACGAAUUCUCCGAUUUUACCGAUUUCAUUUAUCAAGUGAUAUCCUUUAAAGCAAUAUUGGAUUAGGAAUGAAACUGUGCCUUACACAUACUUCAAUUGUGCUCAACUUGAAAAUCUUAGCAAUGUUGGGCUAUUCAUUCAGUGUUUGGCAUAGAGACAUGUUUGUCAUGAACUCCCAUUGUAUAUACAUGUCAUUUAUCAGUGAUGAUGUUCUUUAAAGUAUAUACUGGAUUAGGACUUAGGAGUGAACUCUGCCCUACACAUAAUUCUCAGCUGAUAGGAAUCAAUUCUUAUCAACUUCAAGGUCGUAGGAAUACAAUGUUUGGUUAUUCUUUCAUUGUUUGCCAUGGAGACAUGAGUUAUCUUCAUCAGAUCAUUGUCAAAUUUAAAGUGUUCUUCAUUUAUUUUACAUCAUCCACAACUCCUACGGUAGUACCAACAGAAAAUGAUCAGCUUGAAAGUUUUGAAUGCAAUGUUAGGGAGUACUAUAAAGUAGAGCAUAUAUGUGAUAGAAGUGUUCUGAUCUAUGGAACAUAUUUAUUUGGCAGCAGUAGAUGCUUCCACAUAUUUCAAGGUUUUUAAUAUUUGUGAUUUUUCCCUGUUACAAGUUUCUAAUAAAUAUCCUCGCAAAAAAAAGUUUCUAAUAAAUAGAAGAUGGCCACUUUCUCAAAAUUUUCAUUUGUCCCAAAGUGGUCGGAUCCUUCCCUUGACCCUGCGCAAGCGGGAGCUACAUGCACCGGGCUGCCCUUUAGCUUCUGCUAAAAAUUUCUAGCAAGUAUAGAAGGGCGGAACUUUCAACAAAGAUAUGAGAACAUCAGAGCACUCCUUGACACCCCUUCAUUCCAAAUUUCUCAACUUGCUCUGCUUUGACUUCAAAAACUGUCUCACUGAAAGAUGCACUUUGUAUUGGUUAGUGCGGGUUCAUUAAAGAUCAGACGGACCAUAACCAUGGUUCCAACUGUGAAGAUGAGACCAUCACAAUGCUAACUGUCAUCAAAUGCAUCACCUACAUUCCCUGCAAAA